AUGACUUUGAAUGGAUUAUGGAUUGAAUUGGAACAAUAUUGGAACUUGAAAAUUAAGUGCAAUGAAGAUUUUGAGACACUCAUUAAGUGCAUCGGGAAGACGGAUAUUAAGUUUCUCUCUAACUUCAAUUUGGAGUAUGACAACUCUGCUUCAGAUUUUGGUUGGAAAAGAAGCCAGUUUACGGUUCAGCACUGGCCUCUAGAAAUGCACAAGGGUCUCAUCCUCACCUUGGAAGACCAUUGGGAAGUCCAACAAGGAGGAUGUUGGGUACACUCAUUAGGUUCUCAACAAAGGCAGGCCAAUCAAUUAGUGCCAAACCCCGAAAUUGGUAGUGGUGAGGAUAUACUGCACCACCAUCUGAUGAGGGGAUGCUGCCCUUAG